AUGCCAGGACACCUCGGUUUUCUUGCUCUAACCCAGUGAUUGGGCUGUCAUAUUGAGGUGCGAACAUUGACCCUCAGCCGCAACUAUCAACAUUCAUCGGCUUAUUUCAGCUUUAAAGUCUCUUCUUCUCAGGGAACCUCCUCACAUCCCCGGGAGCCCCCAGUGGGUGCUCAGAAAACAUGACAUUCCUCGUUUCACCCCACAAGGACCAGUUUCCCAUCAUGUGGCUUCUAAUUUUCCUUUUUGUUUUCAAGAUUCUGGCUACUUGUUCAGUGGGAGCCGGCCCCCAUCUCAGAUGUCUCUUUCCAAGGAGUCGCCUGCAUCGGAAUAUUUCUCCCUGCUUUCUGGGAGCUGCGUCCCCUCCCCUGUGCCAUCUCCGGCCCCAUCGGUGGCUGGAUCCGUUACUUCCAGCUCUGGCUCUCUGCGUUACCGCCGGCCUCUUAUCAGUCCCGCACGUCUCAACCUGAAAGGUCAGCGGCUGAUGCUCUUCUCGGCCCAGGGUGGGAGCCAGCACGGGGAAGACCUUGCCCACUCUGAAAACACUGUUUUCACCUCGGACGUGCCUGCCUUCCCAAAAAGGAACCGUGGUACUCAAGGGACACAUGACACGCGAUUCGUGGUCGAAGCGGGAAGCAUCUGCAGCGACACCUCGGCGAAGAAAGGGGACCGCUCAUCACAGUCGUCCAGCUGCGUGGUGGACACCACGACCAAGGGAGAGGAACCGGCAGGCUGGCGGGGUUCCUUCAGUCAGUCGUCGCUCCGAGGGCUCCUCGCCAUCAGCCUGACGGUCAACGCCAUCUUCACGUCCGCUUACCUCUACCAAAACUUGCGCUGAGCCACGUCGCCAGGGUGGGGGCGUAUCCCCCUCCCUUUCCUCCUCUUCUCAGGUGCCACGCUCUUCCCUUCCAAAGACGCCGAGCGAGAGAUCCCGAGAUGAGAAGCAUUCUGCCGAAAAUCCGCACACUUCUGGGCUACACACCCGCACUGCUUUCCGGCUGCCACGUCUGACUGCCAGCCCGUUCGAAUGCUGUUUCCGACACAGGGAGUCCGGAGUCCAAAUUUUCCUUACUCUCCUGCAAGCAAAACACUUCAAACAAUGAACAGCUAAAGGAAACUGGCAUGCAGAGGCCAGGAGGACAUCUCCAGCCAGUGUUGGGCUUGGAAUAUCACUGGUCCCCUUGCUCCUUUUUCCGUUGUCGUCGUUGUUGUACAGAACCAGCUCGCAGGAGAAGUUUGAUGGACUCCAAGGGGUAGAACUUGGGCCCACUUGGGUCCGGCUUUUGGCCACAUUUCCUCGCUCGCCGACAAGAAUUCUUCUCCCCGGAAAGAACCCAGCCGUUGCAUUGCUGUUUUCUGACAAUCCUGCUUGGUUUUGCUUCUGGCCUCGGUCGCUUGCCCUGGUGGCACUUCUCAGCUGUGUGUCUUGGGAGAACAAACGAGGGUGCCGAGAAGGUGUCGGUGUGGACUCACCCUGUGGUGCUUCUUCUCUGGCCCUGGACUUCUAACCACUCGCCCCCUGCAUUGCUGUUCAUGAGAACCGGUUUGCAAAGUCCCAUUAACGAAUUCAGUUUUUUAAAUAACAGUCCAGUAUUACAGCUGCAUUUUGCCUUGCCGAUCGGCACUGUUUCUACUGUAUUCCGAGGUCCCUGGGGCAGCCACCGCAUCUGCUUGAUCUUGGUCCUUCCUGAAAACGUUUCCUUUGAACGUGCUAUGCUAAAAAUGCUGCAACUAGAGCCAAAGGGAUUGCACAUCUUCAGUGACCAGAAAUGUGUUCCUGUCAUGCUCCGGAGGUCGCCUGCAUCAUACCCUGGAGCAUUUUGGGCAGAGGAAUGUCUUAAAAAAACAAACAACUAAGACUUGGUGUUUCUUUCCUUGCUUCAGUAGCCGAAACCUGAACUGUAGGUCAGUUGAAGAAGUCUUUGUCUGUGUGAAAACUCAAAAACCUGGUGCUCACCAGAGCCUGUGAUUGGACUGUACCACUUUGGACAGUUAAGCAAAAGGGUUUAUGUAGCUUGAAUACCCUUUUGUGUAGAAAAUGCUCUUCCCUGCAUAUAGAAAGCUAGCAGGCAGGGGAAAUGAUGAAGCUAGAAUGUUUCUUCCUGGCAGUCUAGUUUUCUACAUCCAGGGAUUUUUAUUUUUCAGUGGUUAAGCUCCUCCACUUGUACUCUGAUGUGGUAGAGUCCAGACAUAGGUUGCCCAUCUUCCCCUGCUGCUUUCGCUACCAUGGUCACGAGUGCUCAUUCCAAAGAUAACUCCCAGAAUUGUAAUUUUCGAUACAAGCGGGGGCCCAGCUUGCCAUCCUGGGUGCUUCUUUCAUUUGUCAUCUUGCCCCAUUUAGCACUUUUGUGGGCAUGUAAAAUCAGCUGUUCAACACGGACAAAAACUUGACUUGAACUCUCCCGAGAAAUUUUCCCUCUGUCUCGGCCUGUCUCCAAAGUUAAAUGUCUGCCUGUGCGGAACAGUUAACUUGAGCUUUUUCUGUUCUUUUUUGGUGUGUCGGUGGGGUUGUUGUUGUUGUUGCUGUUGCUGUUUUUUAAGAAUCCAAUCGCAUAUUUUUGCCAUGCAGAUGUACAAAAAACCCUCUCAGCCUGGAUGCAAUUCCUGGCUUCAGACUGGCGGGAGAAAUUAAGUCUCGCCUGGUGCUCCCUUCCCUAAAACUUCCUGCUGCCUUCCCAGCUGUGACGAGCAAGCAAGUGGCUUCUUGCGGAACAGGCCCGGUCCAAAACUAGCCCAGCGGCCGGGCAGGGGCAGCAAGCCAAAACAGCAGCCAUCUUGAAUGCCUUUUCCACCAUGAAGGCAGCUGGGGAGACUUCCUGGUUGCUAGGCAACUGCCCCACACACCCUUUCCUUGCAGAGCCAUUUGGGGCUGCCAUUUUGUCCCUUUGGGUACACAGUUGGGCAAUGCAAUUCCAACACUUCUCCUCGAGUGUCUCUGGCUAGGAAUGUGACGCCGCUCAUGACUUCCCAUCAAGAUUUCUUCUCGCCCACCCACCACCCCAACAUACACUCUUGACAACCUCAUAAGAUCUCUUAUUAUCUCAAUAUUUUCAGGUUGUUUCUCCAUAAGCUUAGUAACCACCCUCAUGCCCACCUUUUGGGGCUCCUCGCUCACGUUUUGCAUCCCAUGGUAUGUCCAUGCAGAUCCUUUCCUUGAUCCUGCCUGAUGGAGCUGGGCAAACAGGUCCAGUAGGUUGUGAAGCCGUGGUAAAACCCUGCCAAACCUGUUUAACAGGGAGGAGUGAGUACGCCAUCAACAGAUUUCCCCCUUGCAAACUUCCUUUGAGUCUCUGCAAGGAAAGCGUGACGGCCGAUGGUUUGGCAUCCCUUUGCUUAGAAGGAAAAGAAAAAACAGGCUUUUGGCUGUGUUCAGUCUAGUGCAAAUGAUGCACUUGAGUCACAAUUGUGCAUUUGUACAGUGGUACACAGUGUCUUGAAAAUGCUGCACUCAAUGUCUUAAUCUCUUUGAUUUUUGAUGCCGUGCUCCUCUCCAAAGCAAAACAAAACUUCAUUGUAUCUGCCAUGGACAUUCGCAGAUCCAAGAAGCUCCUGAGUUUAAAUGACCAUUGACUGUAUUCAGAAAAACCGGUUUCUAAAAUGGUCAAUUUUCCGCGGAAGCAAGUAGAGUUUGUGGGGGCACAGAAACUCCCAAUAAUUUUUGGAUGUGGUUACAGGCGCAUGGCGAUAGGAUGUGUCCUGUCGUGCAGACUUCUCAUGAGCUUUUGCCAGAGACGCAUAAGGACUAGAACCCUGCUGAAUGUAUCAGCAACUGCCUUCAGGGUAACUCUUCAUCAAAUACACUGUGUCCUGUUCAGCUUGAAUUUUAGGGAGGGCGGUGGGUGGAAGGGGAAUCUAUAAAUUAGUUGGUUGAGGGGGGGAAAUGGCUGAGUCUUGAUUUCUUUUCCACUAGGAAAAAGGUGUGUAUUUUGUAGGUAUGACUGGGUGGGGGCAGGGGGCACCCCUGUAUAGUUUAGUUAACAGUUUGUGGUUUUGGGUGGUAGAGGGGAUUGUAGGGGGGGUUCCCCCUCCGCCCCCUCACUUUCUCCCAGGAGGUUUAUGUUCUGUGUUUUGAGAGAUUAUUUUUCAUUAUAAAAAUAAAAGAAGUUGAUCCUU